GGAUUAUGUACAAAUUUUACAAACAAAUUUUUUUCUAUUUACGUUGAACUCGAAAUUUUGCCUUCUGGCUUCAAUUUCGUUAAUUUGUUUGCUCCCAUUGCUCUACAAACAACGAAAAAAGCUGGCAAAAUGUUCUAUUAAUUGAUGUAAUCAUACCAUAAAUUAUUCAUACGAUAUAACAGUCGUAAAAAUGUAGUGACAAUGUAAUAUUUUUUAGUUAUGAUACCACAAUACCAGAUAUCUUAGUGUUACCUCUGAUUUCUCAUAAAUUCUUUUAGUCAAUUUUUUCUUUAACAUGAAAGUUUUGCUCAUGUUUUCAAUCAUACUUGUUUUAUUCGGAGAGUUAUUGGUUUUAAGCUUGGCUGUUUCUGUGCGUAAAAAUGGACCAGUUUAUGGUAAAUCUGGUAGUGCUGAAUACCCUGAUGAUCAUAAAAGAGAUUUGACCAAUACUGAUGAAACAGCUGACAUGAGAAUAACACAAGUAGACAAUUGGCCAGACAAGAACAUCAAACUUGGUCAAGUAUCCAGUGUAUCCAUAGACAACCGUGGAAAUAUUUACGUAUUCCAUCGAGGUGACAGAACGUGGAAUAUCGAAACGUUCUAUUACAACAAUACCUACAAAAAUCGCGAUCUAGGUCCAAUUUCUUUACCUACUAUUGCUGUGAUUCACCCACAAACUGGUGCUUUGCUGUACGAAUGGGGUAAAAAUAUAUUUUACUUACCUCACGGCAUUACUGUUGAUAAUGACAAUAACGUGUGGGUUACCGAUGUCGCCCUUCAUCAAGUAAUGAAAUUUCCUCCAAUCUAUCCCAAAAACAAUAACACCAAACCAAGCCUCGUCUUAGGAACGCCAUUUAUCCUCGGUAACAACGAAACAAUGUUUUGCAAACCUACAGCUGUCGCUGUUCUGUCCAAUGGUGAUUUUUUUGUAUCUGAUGGGUAUUGUAAUUCGAGAAUUUUAAAAUACGAUGCAAAUGGAACUUAUCUCACGUCCUGGGGACGUUCGACCUUAACAGCUGGUAUUGGUAUUUUUUUACCUACAUUUUCAGAUCCUGUAACCGUGCCAGCUUAUCAUUUUAAUAUACCCCAUGACUUGACUUUAUUGGAGGAUAGAAAUGAAUUAUGUGUAUCCGAUCGAGAGAACGGACGCAUUUUAUGUUACACUACGAAUAAUGGCAGCUUCGUCAGUGAAAUUAAUUUAAAAAGUGAAGUUGGCAAUAAAGUGUAUGCAGCUAGUUACGCUCCAGUUGCUGGUGGUUUAUUUUUUGUCGUAAACACUGCUGGUGACAAUGGCCCUGGUAUAUCUCAUGGUUCAGUAGUGAGCGCUUUCUCGGAACAUUUUGUCAAAUCGUUCCAGCCUUUAAAUACAACUUUCCGAACACCUCACGAUAUCAUGGUUUCUAAAAAUGCCACAUCAGUGUACGUCGCUGAAUUAACACCAAAUAGAAUAUGGAAAUUUAAAAUAAGUGGUUUAAAUAGCAAUCCUUCUGACGCAAUUUCAAAAUCAAACGAUGACGAAUUACCAUACCUGACGCAAGGUAACAAACUUAUCGCGGAUGGUAAAUCAUCGGGGACCCUAGUAAUGGCUAUGAUUAUAACAGCGGCUGUUCUUUGUUUUGGAGCUGCAUUGUUAAUAGCAGCGUUGAUAUAUUCGCGAGCCAGAACGCAUGGUUGUUCAGGCCAAUGUAAGAAUCCAAAAUGGCUAGUUGGCCGGUCAUCAGUUGAAGGUUUCAAAUUGGGUAAUUUUCUCGGCCAACAACAUCAGGGUUUUAUCAAACUGAAUAACUUUGAAGAAAGUGAUGAAGACGAAUCGAAUGCCAGUCCCACUUUCGCGUGAAACUGGUCGGUUACAGUACCUAUUAUUUUUUUCAAUAUUAUUGGUACUAAUGAGCGGUAAAUUGAAGUGGAACUUGUGGCAGUUCAUGAUGUAGCAUAAGUAUUGGUGGUAAUGAAUGUAAGUUUUUAUUCGGUCUUUUGAGAAUUAGACUGCGCUGUACUAAAAUGAAAAGAAUAAACGAUUUUUUGGCGUUUUGAUUGUA